AUGUUACAGGAUGUUAAUGGCAUCCUUGAAGCCAAGUUGGCAAUUACUUUAUGUUCUUAAUGAGAGCUGUUGAACCAAUGAGGGCACAGAUAAUCUUACUAUACCAUCCAGACCUCAUGUUACAUUUGAUGAGAUUUUAGAGAAGUCAUGUGUAAUACUUUCCUGUGGGUUGAGUCUGCUCGUGUUACAGUUGUACAAGGUCAGACCUUAAUUUAUCAAGCAACUGCGUAUUUAAUUUUAGAAAUAUCACAGGACACAUUAGCUUGCAGGUCUCUAUUCCUGGCUGUUCAAAAUGCAGGCCCCAGACUAACAGUGGCAAGAUAAUGGGUUGAAAAGCAUAUGAAUAUAAUGUGCCAUAAAAAAUGACGGAUGAAAGUGAAGAUGUGGUCGAAGAUCUGCUCGCUGAGUAUGCCAUACAGCUUAGCAUUCAGGAAUCGAAUGCAGCCAAACCACGAAUGUCCAGCUUUAGUGACAGUUUUGUGCCACCUAGUGAAGAAAAUAGGAAAAUUGUAACAGCCAUAAAGGAAGGUCAAAUAUUUGGGCUCCAAGAGCUUGUGAAAUGGAAAUAUGCUCUGGAUGAAGCUGAUGAAAGAGGGUGGUUUCCUCUGCACGAGGCUGCAGCUCAGCCAAUUCAGCAAAUACUGGAAAUUAUUUUAGAUGCAUCUUAUAAAACAAUGUGGGAAUACAAAACAUCUGAUGGAGAAACACCGCUAACUUUGGCAGCCAAAGCUGGUUUUGUGGGAAAUGUCCGAGCGUUGCUGGAAAAAGGUGUAUGGCCCAACACCACAAAUGACAAAGGCGAGACUCCACUCCUGAUUGCUGUAAGAAGUGGCUCUUUUGAAAUGGCAUCUACUCUGAUUAAACACAACUGUAGGAUCCACCAACCAUGUGCAAAACGUUGGUCUGCAAUGCAUGAAGCUGCAAAACAGGGACGCAAAGAUAUUGUUUCUCUUCUUCUGAAGAAUGGUGGAAAUGUCAACCUUAAGGAUGGAAAUGGAGUAACACCAUUAGGUGUUGCUGCUGAAUAUGGUCACUGUGAUGUGCUGGAGCAUCUAAUUCAUAAAGGUGGUGAUGUCCAGGCCUUAGAAGAUGAUGGUUCAUCAAUACUGUUUGAGGCAGCAGGAGGAGGAAAUCCAGACUGCAUAGCACUUCUUCUGGAGUAUGGAGGAAGUGGCAAUGUGCCCAAUAAGGCAGGACUGCUUCCCAUACAUAAGGCAGCUUAUGAGGGGCAUUACCUGGUCCUGAAGUAUCUCAUUCCAGUCACAUCCCAAACUGCAAUCCAGAGAAGUGGGAUAAGCCCUGUUCACUCAGCUGCAGAUGGCCAAAAUUCACAGUGUCUAGAGCUCCUUAUUGAAAAUGAUUUUGAUGUCAAUACCCUCUUGGAUGAUCACAUUUCAAAUAGUUAUGAUGAUGAAAGGAAAACUGCGCUCUAUUUUGCUGUUUCUAACAACGACAUCCUUUGCACUGAAAUAUUACUGAAAGCUGGUGCAAAUCCAAACAAGGAUCCUUUAAACUGUCUUCUUGUGGCAGUGAGAGGUGGUAACCACGAAAUAGUAAGGCUGCUUCUAUCCUAUGGAGCAAACGUCAAUUGUUACUUUAUGAUGGUUAAUGAUACGCAUUUUCCCAGUGCCAUCCAGUAUGCCUUGAAUGAUGAGGUGAUGCUAAGGCUGUUGCUGAAUCAUGGAUAUAAUGUGGAGUUGUGUUUUGACUGUAUGCAUCAAGAUAUCUUUGGAAAUUCUCUUGUGUGGUCAACUCCAGAGGAAGAGAUUCUCCCAGGGUGGACUUCUUCUGUAAUAAAGGAUAAUCCGUUCUGUGACUUUAUUGCUGUUCCUUGGUUGAAGCACUUAGCAGGAAAAGUUGUUCGUAUUUUUAUAGAUUACAUGGAUUACGUUCCACUAUGCACAAAAAUUAAAUUUGUUCUAGAAACACAGAAGGAAUGGACAGAGAUACGUCAGAUAUUGGAUAAUCCUCGCCCACUGAAACAUCUGUGUCGCCUGAAGAUACGUAAACUCAUGGGGUUGUGGAGGCUCCAGAAACUGUCAUCCAUGAAGAAGUUUCCACUUCCUCCAGUUCUCAAGAACUACAUCCUAUACAAAGAGUAUGAUCUGUAUGGAAAAGAGAUACAUUUAGAAUAGUUUUUAAUAAGAACUGUGCACGAUUUGUAAUUUCUUUACUGUUUUUUACUAUCUGAAGAUUUGAUUGACAGUUCUAUAUUUUAUAUACGUUCACAACAUUCUGCUAUUUAUUGUAAUUAGUACUUUUAUGGGAACAAAUUUUUCUUCAGACCUAGUAUGUUUUAACACAAGAUUAUACUACCCAAAUCUAGGCUAAAAUCACAGUAAGGACACUACAGUAAUUACAUAGAAAAGAAUCACUCUAAAUGGGAACGUAGGUGUAUAAAAGACAAAAGAAUUUUCCUGAUAGUCUUCCCAGUGAGAAUGAUAAAUGCACGCUCCUCUCAGCUGGUGGCAUGAGUUUAUCUAGAAAAGAGAAGAAGCGCCUAAUUUAACUUGGUAAGGAGAAUUAAACCUCUAAAUGCAGUUAUCUGACAUGUAAUUGUCAGGAAAUACAGCACAUUUUGUAUUUGGAAAAUCAUUAUUCUAUUAUAAAAUUCUCCAAACACUUUGAAGAGUCUUUUUAGCUAUUUUUACAGAUGAGUGUUCCCAGGUACAUCUACUUGUCAGUACAGUGUGUCAGCAUAGAAGGUUUCAAUCAAAGAUCGGGGCACUUCAGGCUCUUUUAAAGAAAGAGUAGAUUUUGACCAACAAACCAAGCAGGUAUCAAGUAGCUUUUCCCCUUAGUUGAGAAAUGGUACGACGUCAUAAUUUAAUCAUGAUUCCUACAGACUUUUGUCAGAUCAUUUCUCAACCAGACUAAACGAGACCCUUAGUCACAUACUGUGAUAUACUUGGCAGCAUGUUUCUGUGCUUGCCCAGAAUAAAACACAUCUGA